AUAUUAAUGAUUAUUAUUAUUCAUACUUUGUGGGUCUUGACUUUGAAUUCCGUUUUUUCAGCAUUUAUUUCGGAUCCUUCUGACUUUACCACUCUGCUUAAUCUCUUUCACCAUUUUCCAUUUCCUUUAUUUAUAUUCAUUCAUCACUCUUUCACUCUCUAGCUCAAUCGUUUCAUCCUUUUUUUUCACGGCAAUUUCGUUUCUCUUUUUCUUCCCAAUUUGCUCUUCAUUUUAGGUUGAGAGUUGUGGUAUAGAUCUGUAUUUUCGGAUGCAAUUGGUGAUUUGUGGCUGUUUUAGUGUGAGAAGCUGCAAGGUGUUGUUAUUUCAUAAUGGGUGCUGCUUGUUUUGUUGCUGCUAAAGAUAAGACUGUACAGAGUGGAUCGACUAAUGAGAAUUCACAUCGGAAUAUUCGGUGUUCGCCGACGUGGAGCUUUCGUUGGGAUCAUCGAGGAGGGCGUGUAGCUGGUGAAGAUACUUCUAUAAACUGGUUUUCUGAUGGGAAUAGCAGGAAUGAUGGAUCGGAGAGUAAAAAUGAAUCGGGGCGUGUAUUAGAGGAGGGAAGUCCGUUGCAGAACUGUCAACAGAAUGCAUGCCGAAAAUCGCCGAUUUCUGAAGGGACUGGUGCAAAUGUUAGAGAUUUAACUUCAGAUGUAUCUAUUUCAAGGUCUGUGUCUAUUGAUGCGAGCAUGGAACAGGCAAAUGGGUUGGGAGAAUCAUCAUUAGCGUCUUGGCCAUCACCAUCACCUGCAAAACCAUCAUUGCAUUCAACUUCAUUGUCAGCAUCUCCUUUAUCAUCCCAAUACCACAUGCUUCCACCUAGCUUUACCCCAUCAAGGUGGCCUGGCCAUUCCCCGGGACACCAGCUGUUAUGGCCAACUUCUGAUAUUCGAAUGCAAGCAUGUAAGUCGCCCGGCAGCUUCUCUCUGUCUGAGGAAAGACCCGUGUUUCCUUCAUGGAGCAACGGAUCGGGAAUGCGCUCCCGUGGGGGAUCUUCAGAUGGUUGGUCUAUACCUGGCUUUUCAGAGCUGAUGGGAACUCACCACAGACAAAGGUGGUCAUUGGAUAGCGAGUCCUUUGGUUCUAAUUAUGAAAGGAUAGCUAGAUCUGGCAGUUGGUUUUCAGCCUCGCCUGUUGAUUUAAGAACAUGUGGGUUUUGCUCAAAGGUUUUAAAGGAGAAGUCUCCUUGGAGUACCCAAAAGAUAUACACAAGUAAUGACCUUUCUGUAGUUGCCAUUCUUAUCUGUGGACACGUCUAUCAUGCUGAAUGUUUGGAGAAUAUGACAGCUGAUAUUAGUAAGUACGAUCCAGCUUGCCCAGUCUGCAGCUUUGGUGAGAAACAAACUAUGGAGUUGUCCAAAAAAGUUCUGAAAGCUGAAAUAGAUUUGAAGGCUAGAAACCAGACAUUGGAGAAUCAGGUUGAGUACAGUGAUAUUGAAAACGAUGAUUCUGUUGCGUUUGAUAGCAUUAAAGUGAAAGAACCUAUAGGUAAAGGUAAAGGUCCUCGGAUGGACUCCAGUUCUCGUGGGAGAAGCUCAUUCGGGAAACCUUUUUUGAGACGACACUUUACAUUUGGAUCAAAAGGUUCCAGAUCCACGAUAGAUAGUCACCCUACAAAAAAGAAGGGCUUCUUUUGGACAAAAUCAAGCAAAGAAUAAGCAUCUUCUUGGUUGUUUGGAGCAGGCUCUACUCCAUUGUUGAUAAUUUCUGCACCCUUAAAAGGAUUAUGGAGCAUCUAUACACUAAUAUGUGAUUUAAAGAAAAAUAGAGGCGGAAGUUACUCUGUAAAGAACACAUACAAGUAUCUUUUUGUGCUGUACAGGUUGAUUUGUUUAUUUUAUGGAUAUGAUUCAUAUAUCCAAAUGAUGUUAUGCCGUCGGUGAUUCUUCUUGAAUGUGGUGUCGAGGAAUAGUAGUCUCUAUACAGAUUAAUAGGCAAUCGCAAUACAAAUUAUUUUGAUUGACUUUGGUUGGUUGCUUUUAAUAAAAAGAAAGUUUCUGAUCUGCUAUCAUCAAAUUUGUGGUCCAGUAAAUUUAUUGGUGAGGUGAUGAAGUCUUCUCAUGAGAGGAUCAAAUCUGUGUUGUAUGAAUUCUUGAGUCUUGACAUCAAAGUUGUUACCUCAGCCAAUGACUAGAGAGUUCCUUCAUGUUUUAUUUAUUGUACUUUCAGUAUUCAGACAUAUCUCAUCAAAUUUCUUUUCUUCUUGCUUCA